AAUAGAUCUAAGAACCGACUCUGAUAUUCGAAUACGCCCGCAAUUUAGCGAAACGUAAAAAGAGAGUCACCGGUUAAUCCAAGAUGGACGAGUGGGAAAAAGAGGAUUUCGAGCCCAAUAUCCCACCUGCCGGGGCAGUUGCUUCAGAUAAAUGGGAAGGAGAAGACGAAGAAGAUGACGUGAAGGAAAGCUGGGAAGAUGAAGAGGAAGAAAAAAAGGAACAGGCUGAUGGAACUAAACCAGCGGAGGAAAAGUCCACAGCUUACCAGAGGCCGAAGAAAAAACCAAUAGCUGAUAGAAUAGCUGAAAAGGCGCGAACUAAACAGAAGGAAGAAGAAAAGGUUGAGAAGACACCAGAGGAAAAACUGGCUGAGAAAAUUAGACUACAAAAGAUUCAAGAAGAAGCUGAUUUAAAAUUAGCUAAAGGUUUAUUUGGUGUAGGAGAUGCAUCUGGAAUAGACAGCAUGUAUCCUGAAACAAAAGAACAGUUUGAUCAAUUUGAACAAGCUUUGAAAACAAAAAUAACAUUUUUUGAGAGUAGCAAAUUGUAUUCAGCAUUUAUAGAAAAACUUAUCCAUGAUUUAACCUUAACCUUGCCUGCUGAUGACAUCAAACGAAUUGGUAUUUCAUUAAAUACACUGUAUCAUGAAAAGGAACGACAAAGGAGAGAACAGGCAAAGACUCAAAAGAAAAAGAAACCAAAGGCCACAAUUAGAGUAGACAAGGCUGAUGACUUAGGUUUGGCAGAUGUGGCGGCGGAAGGAGCAUAUUAUGAUGAUGAAGAGGAUGAUUUCAUAUAGCACUCCUGUACAUAGUCUCUUUUUCUUUUUUUUUUUACUCAUCAUACUAUGCUGUCUUUCCACUGUGCCUAAUUUUUAAUGACCUUUAGACAUGUUAAACAGUGUAACUAAAAGAAGUCCAACAUAUUUAAUUUUCUUUAUUCUUGUAUUGUCAAAAAAAAGUUUUACUAUCCAUCCAUCAUUUUCAAAUUUUUUGUUAUGCUCUUGGUUUUGGUCAUUAAAAAAAAAAAGUUGUCAAAGUUAUUGUAUGAAUGUUUUGUUUAUAGCAUUUAUCUUCAUUUAUUUAUGAUUUUUAAUAAUUGAUCAUUAUGGUACACUAUGAUUCAUAUUAUGUGUGGUAUUUUCUUUUGAAAUAGAAAUAUGCAUCAAUAAUAAGUAAUAUAAAUAAAGCCUUUUGCUUAUAAAAGAAGAAAAUGACAUUCAUCUUCAAGUGCAGGUACUUGAUGUUUUUGUAGUGUAAUAAACUACCUAGUCCUUAAAUAUGUAAAUAUUUGCUGCUGUAAUUUUAUAGCAUGGAAAGAUAAACACCAAGUCUAGUAUAAAAAACUAGUUCUGAUACUUUUUAUAAUUCUAAUUAUUGAGGAAACUUUUUUUGAAAAUAGACUAUGACUUUCUUCAAGGAGGACAUACACAACCAGAUUUUCAAUGAUGAAAUAAAUAUCAAAAUAACUGCUUUUUGUUGUUGUAGACUU